AUGUCAUCCAUAUCUAGUUCGAAGGAAAUUAAGGAAAUGUCCUGUGAUAACAGUAAUAAGGAGUUCCUACUCUUGGAAAAAACUUGCGAAGCCCUCAAAGACAGCGAUGAAGAAAUUAAAAUGAUCUUCAAUGAAAUCAAAAAACUAUCUCACAAUAAUCAUGUUGAAAUAACCGACGAAGACGACGUGGAGUUGAUAUUGAGGAAAGCCGAAAACAUAGCGAAUGAAACAGAAAACUUACUGAAAAGCAGUCCAUUGGUUACUAAUACGGCUACCUCGUAUCUAGGUGAUACAUCAGUUAUUUCUGAAGUAAAAGUUGAUAAGUCAAAGAGCUUAGAAGCUUCCAAGGAAGGCAACAAAUCCUUUAAGGUAAUAAAAGUCUGUCCAAGAUUAAUAAUUUAUUAA